UCUCGGGUCUGGGCCGCGGGGGAGGCUGCGCGCUUUGUGUGAACUUCUGGGAACGCCGCGCGAGGGCUCGGCCCGGGGGAGUGUCGGCCGAGCUGCAGGGAGUUGUCAGAAAGUCGGUGCGGGAGUGCUUGCAGGUCCGGCGUCGUGGAGUGGUGCCCCGGGUGUUGUGUUCAGAGGGUGCUGCCGCAGGCCAGUGAGGGCUUGCCUGAGGUCUCGCCUCGCCCCUAGACACCAUGUCGGACAGUGACCUGGGCGAGGAGGAAGGCCUCCUCUCCCUGGCAGGCAAGAGGAAGCGCAGAGGGAACCUGCCCAAGGAGUCGGUGAAGAUCCUCCGGGACUGGCUGUACCUGCACCGCUACAACGCCUACCCCUCAGAGCAGGAGAAGCUGAGCCUCUCUGGACAGACCAACCUGUCGGUGCUGCAGAUCUGUAACUGGUUCAUCAACGCCCGGCGGCGGCUCCUCCCAGACAUGCUUCGGAAGGAUGGCAAAGACCCCAACCAGUACACCAUUUCCCGCCGCGGGGGCAAGGCCUCCGAUGUGGCCCUCCCCCGAGGCGGCAGCCCCUCCGUGCUGGCUGUGUCCAUACCGGCCCCCACCAGCGUGCUCUCCUUGUCCAUGUGCUCCAUGCCGCUCCAUUCGGGCCAGGGAGAUAAGCCAGGAGCCGCCUUCCCACAAGGGGAGCCGGAGCCCCCCAAGCCCCUGGUGACCCCUGGGAGCACACUCACCCUGCUGACCAGGGCCGAAGCUGGAAGUCCCACGGGCGGACUCUUCAACACACCCCCGCCCACACCCCCGGAGCAGGACAAGGAGGACUUCAGCGGCUUCCAGCUGCUGGUGGAGGUGGCGCUCCAGAGAGCGGCAGAGAUGGAGCUCCAGAAGCAGCAGAACCCGUCACCCCCCUUGCUGCGCACUCCCAUUGCCUUAGUCCCUGAAAACCCCAAGUAGGCAUCCGCCAGCAGGGGUGCUCAAGGUUCGAGCCCGCUGUCCUGGGUUUCCAUUCUCGUUCCCCUUCCCACAGAGGGUUUUCUUUGGAUCACUGCCAAACAUCAGGAUCAUCUCCUCUGUCCAGAGGUCUUCAGCAGGAAGACACCAGGCGGUGUCGCUGCGCUGUGACGGGACCUCUCUGCUGACUCUGCCGUUUCUCUAGGCCUGCUCCGUGAUGAGACCAAGACCUGGGAGACAGGCGUGGUGCUGCUGCUGCUGCUGCUGCUUCAGAGAAUCCCCAGGACGCCUUUGUUCCAGCCUGCUUUCCUGGGCUGGGCACGGGAAACUGGCCUCGUUCAGACCUGUGCUGGGUCCAAGUUGCCCCUGACAGGGCCUCUCUUUGUUAAGCCAAGUGUGGACAUUCCAGGUUCAUAAGUGUGAACAAAAGAAAAGAGGUACUGAUCAGAUGUAACAGAACCGAGUCCAGUUGGAUGUUCAGGUUUUUGCCAAACUUUGUGUUUAUUUUUCCUUCUUUGCUGUGGUUUGCAUGAACAGGCAUAGUUAGCCCCGGUUUGGGGAAUGAGAGUGCAUUGCCUGAUGAAGCCUGAUGAGCUGGGACUAGUUAACCACUGCAGCUGGGGAUUGUUUUACAAGGAAGGAGUAUUUUCAUUUGGGGGACCAUCUAAAUCUCUGCAAAUUUCCAAAUGGUUGUUUUGUUGUUGGUUUGGUUCCCUCCCCACCCCCCCCCCCAAAAAAAAAAGCAGAAACACUUUUAUGGGCUUUGGCUGUUCUGCGUCAUGUGCAGAAGGGGAUCAAGCCACACCAGAGAGGGUCCAACAGAGAAUCCGACCAAACCUACGUGCAGAGCAGAGAAGGAGGAUAAAAACAGGUGGUUUUUUUUUUUUUUUUUUGGUUUGUUUUUGUUUGUACUGUAUGGUGAGGGUGGGGGUAGGGGAGGUAAGCUAGACUGAGGCAGUGGGGUGGUUUUUUUUUUUUUUAUUUCCCUCUUUAAUCUUUUCUCCUUUAUUGAAAGCUUCACCCCAUGGCCUGGGUUUUGAAUUCCUUCUAGGAACUUGGCUUAGUGGGGCCAGAAUGUCAAAAAGUUCCCUGUAGCUCCUGCUUGGAGAGAAGUGAGCCAUCUACUGGUCAGAAAGCCCUUACGUGGGCAGCUUUUCCCAUGAUGGUGGCCGGAGACCAUUCCCACAGGAAGCGUGGGCUGGUGCCCCCCGCUGCCUGUGGACCUGCCUUGGGAGAGGCUGGGGCUAGAAGCCAGUUAUGAAGCCUGUUCUCUGUGAGUGUCUCUUUCUUGCACCUUUCUUUAAAUCGGAGCCGCAGAAGCCCCUGCCCUGAACUUCACAGUGAGAAAGAUCAGUUAAGUCUUAUUCUCCUCCCUUCCCCUCCCCACUUUUCUUUUUUGCUGUUUCAUUGCUGAUAGCAUUCAACAGCAAUAUACCCCCAUCUUCUAGUAUAUCCUAAGAAACACUAAUCCUAGGUUAUUAGCUGAAAUAUUUUUUGUUAUGAAUAACAUUGUUACUGGGCCAAAAGACAGGUCAGGAUACUCAGCCUGUAGUUUCCUGAAGUUGCCAGGUUGGGCACAGGAGCACAGUUCCUGGGUGUUGGCUGAAUGGGGUGGGCCUGGCCGGGAGAAAGGCAGCAACACGUGUUCUAUCCUUCUGGGGUGAUUUCCUGAAGACUUCAGGGAGGCUCCCCAACUUCUGAGUGGCUUGGCCCACCCAUUGCUGUAGGAAUGGGGAUUGGUUAUUUAAGAGAAGGAGCUCUUUCUCUGUUAGCAGGCGAGUCUUCUAGGCUCUCUCUUCCGCCUCCUCUCCUUGCAUGUCCCAGGGGGAUCAGGGACCCUCACCCUCCUGAGGCCCCACUGGGGAAGAAUGGACAUGGCAGCUUCAGGGUUAGUGGAGGCUGCUGCUUGCCCGGCCCACCUUCCCACCCCGUGUCUGUGAGCCCAGGUCUGGCGUGACUGUUGCAAGACACUGGUAGCAGGGGACUCUGGAAGUGUAUUGGGCUGGGGGUGGGGGGACUUUCCCUUCCCACAGUGCACUGAGCAGUAGAGGACGUAAGGGGUGAGGGAGCCGUGCUGCUGAAUUCUGGUUGGCAUCCCCCCUUGUACAUGAUGGGGAGGCUGGGGGUGGGGCAGGCUCUGCUUGGUCUGGUUGUGAGAGAAGCCUGGAGGAGAAGCACAGUUAUCCCGUUGAAUUAUCUGAGCGAAAAACUACUGUAAAUAACUUGUUUUUGUCUUUUGUCAAAUAAAGUUGUUUUUUUGUUUUUGUC